AUGGAAGCCUUCAAGGACGCAGACUUUAAUACUUCUGGAACUACUGUGACGUUCAACAACCAACAACUGUUGGAAUUCAAACAGCCUACGAAGGAAUCGAUCGAUCCGUCGAUACUGGUUUUCCUCGAUCCGCAAUCGACGGCCAAUUACUAUGAGUCGAAAAUGAUGAGCAGCGCGUUCGCGGAGUCGUUCUUCAGAAUUCCAAAGAAAACUGUGGUCAUGUCUCGCGAGCUCUUCGAAGAUUUGGUGUUCGACAAGAUCGACGUCCCUUCGCAGCCAGUUUAUCACGGCGACGUGAACGCGUUCGUCCUGGAGAUUUUCACGAUGAGGGACGAAAUGAAAUGUCGCUGGAGCAGGGACUUCGUCGAGGCUGCGUUCGAGUGUUUUCCCGAAAUCGAUUAUUGCGUGAUACUUCUGCCGUUCUCUCAUCCUUCCCUUCCCUUUCUCAAACACUUCGUGGUACGCUGUGCUUCAUUCACGUUCGAGAACGACUUAUUUUUAACUCAACCAUGUCGUUAUUGAACUUAUUAAUUUAUGUUGAUUUCCAUUUAAGUCCCAUUUCUUUAGUUUCAUAUUUGUAAAAAUAUGAAUCGGACGAAUAUUUGUGCAAAAUUCAUGGUUUUGUAAAACGCGAGUAAAGAAACGGUAUAUUUUUGUUUUGAAUAUCUUUUUCUCAGUAUCAGUUGUAUUUUGCACGUUGUAAAUUUCCCGUAAAUGAUAACGCUCCAUCUGUCUACCGAUACUUUGCCUAA